AUCGGCAUAUCGGCAUCAGCUGUGUGUUUAUUUAUACACAGUCACUGAUAAGAAAAUUGGUGGAAUGUAUCAAAGUGACCCCAACACAGUACUAAAAGCAUCAAGAGUGAGUCUAACUGCAGUUUGAAAGCUGUCAAUUGAAAUCACUGGCUCCACAUCUGUGGCCUAGCAUUUUGAUUUAACCAGAACUUCUUUUAUUUGAAAGACAAUGAUGGCUCUUUUCCUGAAAAACUGUGGCAGAUAUCUCUUUUCGAGAGCAUUGCUAUCCGAAUAUGCCUUGAGCAGGGAAUGCAUUGUACCAUGUCAACGAUAUGUCACUGAUGGAUCCUCUCAAAAUUUGAAACUGUUAGAUGACCACCUCGUAAUGUCUUCGCCAGAUUUAACGUCCAUGAAAUUUCAUUAUUUCUGGCUCAGGGACCACUGCAGAUGUCCUUCAUGCUAUAACAAAUCCACUCAUCAAAGGAAUGUAAACACUUUUGGUGUACCAUUUACCAUUCAACCUAAGGAGUGCCGCUUAUCAGGAGAAGAACUACAAGUAGUGUGGCCUGAUGGACAUGCCUCAAAGUAUUCUGUUAAAUGGCUAAGUUUGCAAUCAUUUGAUUCAUAUAGUAACAGAGUCUCUGCUCCAACUCGCAUUCUCUGGAAAGGAAUGCCUGAUUCCGUUGCUCACGUUCCUGUCAAAUCCUUUCUGGAGACAGAUGAGGGAUUAUUCAAGCUCAUGAAAUCACUCACAGCACUUGGAGUGGGAAUUGUGGAGGGUGUUGACGCUACUGUAGAGGCUACAGCAAAGGUGAUCUCACGAGUAGCCCCUGCUCAAAAAACACUAUUUGGUGAGGUUUGGGAAGUGAAGCCAGAUGGUGAAUACCAUGAAGACACUGCAUACUCAACUCAGGCAUUAGCUGCCCACAAUGACAACACUUACUUCUCAGAGGCAGCUGGCCUUCAAGUCUUCCAUGUAUUAAGCCACAAGGGCAGUGGAGGGAAAACCUUAUUGGUGGAUGGUUUCCGUGCUGCCCAGAAAGUAAAAGAUGAGGACAUCAACAGCUUCCAAACUUUAAUCGAAACAUGUAUACAGUCAGAGUACUUGGAGAAAGGCCAACACCAUUGUGUCACUUCGCCUGUUCUACAUUUGCAUCCAAUAACGGGAAAGUUUCGACAGAUAAGAUACAAUCUGUACGACCGGGCUGCUAUGAGCACUGUGCCGUUUGCCAGAGUCAUGGAGUGGUACCAGGCCAUGGGGCAACUCUCCAAGGCAGUGACCGACCCCAGCGGCGAGUGGUGGCUGCAGCUGCGCCCGGACCAGGUGCUGUUCGUGGACAACUGGCGGGUGCUGCACGGCCGCAGCGCCUACACGGGUGCCCGCUGGGUGGCUGGCGGCUACAUCUCCCGCACCGACUACACCAGCCGAGCUCGCGUCGCAGGGGCCCUCCCUCACGACGACUGAUGUGCAGUGCGUGUUGGGGACCAGUCGGUUCGCUCAGAACGGGCUCACCACCUCCACAUAAACUUCGGCAUAUGGCUAAAGAAAAAUUUAGAUUUCCCCCUGCGUUUAUGUUAAGGUCUUUAUGGAGUAUAAAUAAAAUAGCAUCUCAAAG